AUGCAAACUCAUGGCCAAAUUCCUGAUCUGUUUACACACUCUAUUCUUCUGGAUGGCCUAUGCAACAACCAACAUCUCGAUGAGGCAUUGGCAUUGUUUGAAAGGAUUGAAAAAGCUGGAUUAGUUCCUAAUAUUGUUGUCUAUAAUAACCUAAUUGACGGUAUGUGCAAAGCUGGGAAACUCAAUGAUGCAAGGAAACUCUGCUUGAGUCUUUCUGCUAAAGGGUUUAAACCUACUAUCCGCACAUACAAUAUAAUGAUCGCUGGACUUUGCAAGGGAAGGCUACUUGAUGAAGCAAGUGAGUUGCUUAGGAAAAUGGAAGGAGGAGGAUGCUCGCCAGAUUUUUACUCGUAUAAUAUAUUGGUUCAAGGAUUUCUACGAAAUAACGGAACACAGAAAGCAUUGCAACUUCUUCACGUAAUGGAUGAUAGAGCUAUCCCUGUGAACGCACGCAGUACAACCAUUAUAGUUAACAUGUUAUCUGACGAUGGAUUAGAUAAUUCAUCAAAGGAAAUGCUUCAUGCAUUUUUUGGAAUUACUUCAUUUUCCAAGUAA